AUGAAGGAAAUCUGCCGAAUCUGCGCCCGAGAGCUGUGCGGCAACCAGCGGCGAUGGAUCUUCCACACGGCGGCCAAGCUGAACCUUCAGGUGCUGCUGUCCCACGUCCUGGGCAGGGAGCUGUGCCGGGAUGGCAGAUCCGAGUUCGCUUGCAGCAAGUGUGCCUUCAUGCUGGACCGCAUCUACAGGUUCGACACCGUCAUCGCCCGCAUCGAGGCCCUCUCCAUCGAGCGCCUGCAGAAGCUGCUGCUGGAGAAGGACCGCCUCAAGUUCUGCAUUGCCAGCAUGUACCGCAGGAACAAUGACGACUCCAGCACGGAUGACAGAGCUGGGGACGGGACUGUGGACCUCUCUAACCUGCCCGAUGUGCGGUAUGCUGCCCUUCUUCAGGAGGACUUUGCUUAUUCUGGGUAUGAGUAUUGGACCGACCAAGAGGAGCACAGCCUGGAGCCGCACAGUUGCCACGCUCUGGAGGGAGCAAGCAGUCGCCCACGGCGCUGCCGGGGCUGUGCCGCGCUGCGGGUGGCUGAUGCUGACUAUGAAGCCAUUUGCAAAGUGCCACGGAAGGUGGCCAGAAGCAUCUCCUGUGGGUUGUCCAGCCGAUGGUCAGUCAGCAUGGGCAACGAGGAGUCAUCCGUGUGUGACCUGACGGAGUCUGCCGCUUCCAGAGCGCCAGUGGACGGGGAGAGCAUGGAGGAAGGCACACCUGUGUCCUCCGUGGAGUCCCUGGACACCACUGUGGAGACGAGCCCUCCCCAGCAGAAAGAGGAAGAUGGAGAUAAGGGGGUGAAAGGGAAUGGGAAAUGUGAUGAUUUUUCAGAGGACCGCAUGACCCCAAGCUCUACCCUGAGCGGAAACAGGCUGGAGCUGGCCCUCAGCUUGAUCAAGAGUUUGGACUACAAACCCCUUCAGAGCCCCCGAGGCAGCAGGCUGCCUAUUCCUGUGAAGUCCAGCUUGCCUCCUCCCAAGCUCAGCCGGGACUUGGCAGAUGGCAGCGCUUCUGCCGGCUUAGCGUGUGCCGGUCCUGCUUUCCUGAACGCAGACAGAAAAUCCUUUUCCAGAGCUCCUUUGGGUCUUUCCCUGGAGAUUUCUGAGCUGCAGGAGCUGUGGGAUGACCUGUGCGAGGAUUAUGUGCCGCUGCGGGUACAGAAUCUGCAAGAUGAACAUCAUCAGCUGCAUCCAGGUGACCCUGUAUCUGAUCAGCGUGCUGCAGAGCUGCAGGGCGAACUCCAGCAAUUUGAAGCUGCCAACAAGUUGCUACAGGAUAAGCUGAAUGAAUUGAAAUUGGAAUUAAAAUCUGCCCAAGAAACGUUGCAGAGGCAAGAUCGUACAAUCCAGAGUCUGAACGAGGCCCUGAAGAGCAAAGAGAGUAAGACAGAGGAGCUGUACCAGAUCAUCGAAGGGCAGAACGAGACAGUGGCCAAGCUGCAGGACAUGAUACACAGAAGCCAGCUGGGGCAGCUGCAGAUGUCAGAGAGUCUACUCUCAUCCCAGGAGCAGCAAAUGUCACUGCUAGAUCUUCAGAACACACUUUUCUGCACCAAGCUGGAGGUACAGAAGUUAAAAAGAGCUCAGGGCCAUAAAGAGCAUCAACUGGCUGAAGCCAGGAGAGCAACCCAGCUCUUAGAGACCAUGAUGCAUGAGGAAGAGCAGCAGAAAGAGGCAACCUGGAAGCACAACCAGGAGCUGCGUGCUGUGAUACAGCAGCUGCAGGCAGAGCUGCAGGACAAGGCUCAGCAGCUCCAGACUGUGGAGUGGGAGAAAUGCUGUGAGCUGCAGGCCCAGGAGCAGAGAGUUCAGCGUUUGAAUCAUCACUUGGCUCACAAGGAACAGCUUCUGCAGGAAUCAAGAGAGCUUCUGCAAUGCCAGCAAAGCUUGGACAAGAGCCCUGCAGCCAUGAAUGCCAUGUUGGAGAAACUGCAGCAGCGAGUCAGCGACAGGGAUGCUGCUCUGGAGCGAGCAGUAGAUGAGAAGUUCUGUGCCCUGGAGAAGAAGGAGCAAGAGCUGCAGCAGCUCCGCCUCUCGGUGAGGGAGCGUGGGAGUGACCUGGAGAGGCUGCGCAGUGUCCUGUCCAGCAACGAGGCCACCAUUCAUAGCCUGGAGACCCUCCUGAAAGCCAAAACCCUGGAACUAGAGCAGGUCUCAGCAACCUGCCAAAACCUCCGCUGGCUCAAGGAGCAGAUCGAGGCCAAAUCCUGCAGCAGGCAGAAAGAGCAGGAGGGGAUCAUCCAGCAGCUGCAGACAUGCCUGCAUGACAGGAACAAGGAAGUGGAGGAGCUUACAGCAACUCUGCUGUGCAAGCUGGGCCCAGGCCAGAGUGAGGUGGCAGAGGAGCUGUGCCUGCGCCUCCAGCACAAGGAGAAAAUGCUGCAGGAUCUCCUCAGCGACAGGAACCGUCAGACCAUGGAGCAUGAUGCUGAAAUCCGGGAGCUGCUGCAGGCUCUGAGCACCAAGGAGCAGCAGAGCAGAGUGGCAGCUGAGAAGAUGGCAGAAGCUCUGGCGGAGAGGAGCUGCGAGCUACAACUCCUGCGCCAGCAUGUGCUGGGCAAGCAGCCUGUGUGGACCCAGGUGCCUGGGGGUAGGCUGGUGAAGGAGGACAAACAACCCAUACCAGAAAUACUCCAAAGAGCUUGUGGAGCUACAGACAUUUCUGAAACCCCACAAGGGGACAGCAGCUGCAGGACAGAGGGAGUUACCACUUCAGCAGCAGAACUGGAGAAGGAUCUUGUUAAUGCCAAAGAGGAGCUGGAGCUAAUGGCAAAGAAGGAAAGGGAAAGCAGGCGGGAGCUCACUGCUCUCCAGUCUGUCAUAGCCACGCAAGAGGAAGAGCUGCAGGUGCAGGCCUCAGAUAUAGAGUCCUUGACCAGGACCAUCCAGAUCAAAGAGGACCUCAUCAAGGAUCUACAGAUGCAGCUGGUGGAUCCUGAGGAAAUUCCAGCCAUGGAAAGGCUGACCCAAGAAGUGCUGGUGCUUCGGGAGAAAGUGGCCGUAGCAGAGUCACGAGGACAGGAGGCUACUGGAAACAGAAAGCAGCAGUUGUUACUGAUGCUGGAGGGGCUGGUGGCUGAACGGAAUCGGCUGAACGAGGCUCUCCAGGCAGAGAGGCAGCUCUAUGGCAGCCUGGUGAAGUUCCACACACAUCCAGACAGCGCUGCGAGAGACCACACUCUGCAGGUGGAGCUGGAGGGGGUCCACGAGCUCCGUGGGCAGCUGGAAGAAGCCCUGGGAAGAAGCUUGGAGCGUUUGAGCAGGCUGGAGCCGCAGGGUGCCACAGGAGGUCAGGCCACAGGCACAGAUGCUGAUGAUGCCAGCACCAACCUCACUGACAGCAGCAAGGAGAAGGCAGCCCAGGGUGUGGCAACCCAACAGACCAGCUCCCGGACCCCUAAGGAAAGUGGGGGCCCUGAAAGGACCAUGAUGGGGAGCAGAGCAUCCUCCAUGCUAGAACAGGAGCUGCGGGCAGAAGAGGAGCUGAGGGAGCUGAAGGUGCAGCUGGAAGAAGCUGGCUUCUCCUCUGUCUCCCACAUGAGGAAGGCGAUGCUGAGCCUGUGCCUGGAGAACGCAGAGCUCAAGGAGCAGAUGGGUGAAGCCACAUCGCUGCUGGAGAAUGGGGAGCAGGAGGAGGCUGGGCUGGGCAGCCCCCUGGCCCCUGAGCCCCGCAGGCUGCAGAGGAAGAGCCGCAGUGCCCCCAGGGACCGCCCAGCUGGCAGCACUGGGGAUGGCCCGGGGACCCCAGCAGAGAGGGGAGCCGUGCCUGCCAAACGGCCAGCGCUGGAGGCACGGGCCCAGGAUGACGUGGCCAAGAAACUCUGCCCUGGUACCCCAGGGAGAGAGGAUGGGAGUCGUGUGCAGGGCAUGGCCUCUGGUGGGAGCUGGUCAGGACUGGGUGCAGAGCUGCGGUCUCAGGUGGCACAGGGCCAAAGGCAGUGUCAGGAGCUGCAGGACAGGCUUGCUGCCUCAGAGGCCAUGGUGCGGGCACAAGCCGAGCAGCUGGAGAAGUGCCACAUCCUCCUCCGUGAGCCCCAGGCCCAGCAGCUGAGCAAGCAAGUGCAGGUGGACUUCCAGGACCUGGGCUAUGAGACGUGUGGGCGAAGUGAGACCGAGGCUGACCGGGAUGAGGCCACCAGCCCUGAGUGUGAGGAGCCAGAUGUGUUCAGUGAGCCCAGCCUGGGUGAGGAUCUGGGGUCCCCACACUGGCCAGGGAUGCCCAGGGCAGGCAAGGCUGCCCAGAAAGCCAUGGCCCCAGUGGAUGUAGGGGCUCUGCAGCAGCACAUCCAGGACCUCAGGGCACAGCUUCUCAAUGCCAACAAGGUGAUCCAGAGCCUGCAGCGCCGUGCCCGCUCCAUCUCCCUCACCAGUGGCUACACCUCAGGUGCUGAGCGGCCCCCACCAGGCACUACAGCCUUGGCCUCCUCGGCCCACAGCCUCACGGACGAGGAUGAGGGCUGGCAGUCAGAUGGGCACAGCACCCUCUGCCCGCCUGCCCUGCGUGCCCACCGUGACCUGCAGCACCUGGUGCGUCGCGUUGCCCUCCUCGAGGCGCAGCUGCCCACAGCCAAGCUCGGAGGAGGUUUGCCUAAGGAGCUGCAAUCUGCUACUUGGCCAGGGAAAUACGACUCUCUGAUCCAGGCACAGGCUCGGGAGCUCUCCCACUUGCGGCAGACGCUGCGGGAGGGCCGCGGGGUGAGCCGCAGCCUGGCCCAGCACCUGCGCGAUGCCCUGCGGUCCUUUGAGGACCUUCUUCGUGGCACUGACAUCGACUACUACCUGGGGCAGGGCUUCCGGGAGCAGCUGGCUCAGGGCAGGCAUCUGGCUGAGAGGCUCAGUGACAAGCUGGGCACCAGAGAUCGACAAGAUGGGGAGGAUAAAACCAGCCAUGAACUCCUGGCACUGAGGCUUAGCCGAGAGCUCCAGGAGAAGGAGAAGGUGAUUGAGAGCCUGGAGGCGAAGCUGCAGGAGCGCUGUGAGUCUCCAGGCAGCAGCCUCCCCCCCUCUGAGUCCUCCUGCUCUGCCAUCAGCUCCUCCUUUGUGUCUGAGGGGCUGGAGCCCUGCUCCGAUGGGGAUGCAGCCAGUGAGUGCAGCCAGUGCCAUGAGGAGCCCACCCAGCUGACAGGCUUUCCCUUCGACUCCUUUUCCAAACCUGCUAGUGCCUCCCUACCUUCAUUGGCCCCCAGGCUGACCCCCUUCCUGCCUGCUGGGUCCCCUACUCCUGCAGCACCCCCACUGCUGGGGUGCUGUGGGCCCCCUGUCUGUUCCCUGGCCGAGGCACAGCAGGAGCUGCAGGUGCUCCGGAAGCAGCUGGGAGAAAGUGUGCCGUUGCCUGUGGCACCAGCAAAGCCCACAGUGGCACUGGGCCCCUUCGGAGAGAGCAGCAAAGCCCCAGCCCUGCCAUGCCCACACGGUGUGCUGCAGAGCCUGGCUGAGAGUCCUGGGGCCUCUCACACCCUUUGGGAUGUGCCCCCUCCUAGCCAGCCACUUUAUGGGGCUCUGCCGUCGGGGUACCCCUCCAACCAGAAGCUAUCAGGGGCAGACCUGCUAGAGGAACACUUGGUGGAGAUCCGCAGCCUGCGCCAGCGCCUGGAGGAGUCCAUCUGCACCAACGACCGGCUCCGGGAGCAGCUGGAACGCCGCCUGGCCUCGGCCGGCAAGGCCAGCGGAUCGCCCAAUGAUGUUCAUGGGCAGGCGGCGGAGCCGGGGCUGCAGCUGAGUGGGGACAACCAGGCUCUUCGUGAGGACAACCGCAGUCUGCGGCUCCAGCGCGACCACCUCGCCCAGGAGCUGGCGCGGGUGCAGGAGGCGCUGCUGGCUGCUUGCGCCCGGGCGCGGGAGGCCGAAGCAGAGCUGUGCCAGAGGCGUGGGGAGCAGCGCAGGCUGGCGGAGGAGCUUGCCGAGCGCCGAGAGAGCGUCCGACAGCUGCGGGACGAGCGGCGCACUCUGCAGGAGGACAACAACAGGCUGCAGCACACGGUCACGCUCCUGCAGCAGCAAUGCGAAGAGCAGCGCCUGCUCCUGCAGACGCUGCGUGCCGAACUGCAUGUCUGUGAGACCUUCCCUGGCCCAGCUGCUGAGCCCCGAGCAGGGGCUCAAAUGCUUCUUCUUGCAGGCUGCUUCCCAUCCCCGCCGGUGCGGGAUGUUGGCACCAGCUCAGAAGCUUCCAUCUUCUCCCCACUGCCUUGUGACACGCCGGUGGCCCCGCAGACGGACGCCCCAUGUGGGACAGCCCCACUGGUGGGGAAGAGUGAGGGGCUGCCAGGGGCUCAUGCUGUCUGCCGCCUGGACACCUACCAGGCCCUGGAGCAUCACCUCCUGGAAGGGAAGCAGCUGGCCCACAAGCUCAGCUGUCUCACGCACCCAGCACGUGGGCUGCCCAACUGCCAGCUCCCGGGAAAGGAGGUAAAGUGUGGGCAGGACAGGGCUGGCAGCAGCUGGGGGCCAGGCUCUCUGUGGACCAUGCCUAAAGUGGCUCCUGAGCCCAGUACCAGCCUCGAGGCUUGCAGGGCUGGCAAACAUCAGGGAGCUUCUGUCCUGGGGACUGUUGCUGGCUCUGCCCUGCCCUGCUGGGCUGGGCAGGGCCAGUGCACAGGUGCAGCGGGCUGCAGGUGCCCUGGCAGCACCUGCUCCUGCACCCUUCUCCCACAGGCCUUGGGGUGUGUGAGCACAGGGCACCUCUGGGGCAGUGCCAGCACCCUGCAUCACAUCCUGGAGGAGUGCACAUCUCUCCUGGCUGCCUUCUGGAGCACCAUGCUGCCCGUCAGCCCUGCCCAGCACCAGGGCAAGGAGCAGGAGCUGCAGGGUGAGAUUGCAGCACUGAGGGCCCAGCUCUCCCAGAGGGAGGAAGCUCUGCAGAGCACAGCCAGGCGGCUGCACAGCAUGGCCCAGCUCAAGGACAGCAUGGAGCAGUUCAUCCUCACUCAGUUGUCCAGGACCCACAAUGUGCUGCGCAAGGCCAGGACUAACCUGGAGGUGAAGGCUCAGCAGGCCCUGCCCGUUGCCUGAGCUCCAGGCAAGGCAGGGUGCCAUACCCCCUGCCAUGGAGGAGCCUGGUGGCUGCUAAGCCAGGCUGGAGUGCUGGAGUGGACCUCGUCCCUGCUGCUGUCAAGGGCUAGGGUAGACAGGUGCCUGCAGUGCCCAGUACUGCACACUUGGUGGGUUUGGGCUGCUGUGGCUCUGUGUCCUCCACCUGCCUCUGACAGUGCAGCAGCAGCUGCUGGCUUGGGCUGUGCCUGCCCUGUGUUUUAGUGCUUGCCCCUCUUCUGCCCACAGUGCUCAGAGCAGGGCCUCACUGCCUUCCGCGCUGCCACCUCUUGCCCCCUAUUUGGUCCCCUUUGUAACUGCUGCCUCCCUGUGCCUGCUUGUGGAUGUGUGUAUAUGUACAUAGACAAAGCUAGUAGAGCUGCCUUCUGGGGGGUCCCUGGGCAUGGCAGGGGCCUCAGCAUGGGAGGAAGAUGUAAGCAAUGCCCUGUUCUGGUCAGUGGCUGGAAAGUCCCCAAUAAAGGCUUCCUUUGGGUUGUGGUGUUUUUGGCAUGCUCCUCUGUGGU